CCAGCCGCCCGGGGAAGGUUCUACCGAGUCUCCAGCGUUCCAUAGAAGGCCGGGCACGUUCCAAGGCCCAGGGCAGGCAAGCGAAGUGGGCAGCUGGGGGGCGCUGGUCGCAGCAGGACUUGGCUAGUAGCUGCCCCUGGAGCAGGACUCGAGCCUCCCCAGCCAAACCCACAUCUUUCCCCCCACCUCCCCCGCCACCGAGCCGAGACGAUGCCCAAUGAGUCCUCAUUCAGCAAGCCCUCGGCUUCCUCGGAGCAUCAUGGCCAGGGGGGUAAGAUGGGCAGCUUCGGCAAGGCAGCCGCUCUGAUGGCCGCUGCCGGGGCUGGAGGGGGCUCCACGGGCUUGGCUCAAGCUGCCGCCGCCUCGGGGAAGAAAUCCCCCCGGCUGCCCAAGUGCGCCCGCUGCAGGAACCACGGCUACUCCUCUCCCCUGAAGGGGCACAAGCGGUUCUGCAUGUGGAGGGACUGCCAGUGCAAAAAGUGCAGCCUGAUCGCUGAGAGGCAGCGGGUGAUGGCAGCCCAGGUGGCUUUAAGGAGGCAGCAGGCUCAAGAAGAGGAACUAGGGAUCAGCCACCCAAUCCCUCUGCCCAGUGCCACAGAGCUCUUUGUUAAGAAGGAAAACAGUGGUGGAAGCUCCUGUUUGCUGUUGGAAAGCAGCAGCCCAACUCACUCAACAAGCACGGUGACUACAGUGUCCACCUCACCAUCAGGGGUGCAGUUUGAAGACCUCGGGCUAUGGAGAGAUGAUGCAGAGCCCAGUUUGGCCUGUACAAACUUUAUUACAGAGGGACGGAUGCUUAUUCAGGAUGUUCCUUCCAUCACCAGCAGAGGGCAUCUGGAGAGCACAUCUGACUUGGUCGUGGACUCCACCUACUACAGCAGUUUCUAUCAGCCAUCCCUGUAUCCUUACUACAACAACCUGUACAACUACUCCCAAUACCAGAUGGCUGUGGCCAGUGAAUCUUCCUCAAGUGAGAUGGGGGGUUCAUUAGUAGGCUCACCUGUGAAAAACAGCCUACGAAGCCUACCCGCCACAUAUAUGUCAAGCCAGUCAGGAAACCAGUGGCAGGUAAAGAGCUCCGAGAACCGCCAUGCCAUGGGCUCUCAGUACAGGAUGCACUCUUACUACCCACCUGCUCCAUACCUGGGCCAGAGUGUUGGAACCCCUGCAUGUGUUCCACAGAUCUUCACUUUUGAGGACAGCCCUUCAUACUCCGAAUCAAAAGCCAGCGGAAGAAAAUAAUCCAUGUACAAAAGAGCUGAUCAUUGCACAAUUAGGUGUGAGAAGCUGUUGUCGAAAUUGUGAUGAGAUUAAUGUUAUGAUUAUGGAAUGAAGCGGUGCCGUAGCCAUAAUGGUCCAGGAAAUAUGUAAGAAACAAGGUUCCUUGUGAUAUCUUUUAUUGGACCAGCCAUGUAGUUGGGAGAUAUUAGGCAAACUUUUGGCCACAAAGUACCAUAGUUCAGGUCUGAAGACUUCCUGACAAUCUGAAAACCUGAAGAACCUUCAGAAGACUUGGAGACCGUCUGAGGAAGGUAACCCUAAGGAAAGGCACUUUGUGCCCAGAAACUUGUUCUGACUUUUUCCCAAUGAUACAGAUAAUCCAAUAAAAGAUCUCACCAAAACUCCCUGCCUCUUGCAAAUGUGGAAGACUGUGUUUUUGAAGCAACCAGAGAGAGAGAGAGACUGGAAGACACAACAAAAGUAGAAAGUAGUUGCCACAAAACAAACACGCUUCCCUAAAGAUAUUGAAAACAGUGUAAAAAAAUAAGCUAUUGAAUGGAUUCUGUGGAGAAAGGACUUAGCAGUGUUUGCUAGUAAUUAGAGCUGAUCAAGAAUUUUCUGGCAAAACAGGUUUGAAAUGGAAAAAUGCUGACUUAUCAAAACAUCUUAUAUUUCACAGAUUCUUAUCAGUUUUGACAAACUUCCAGUGAAACACUGACAGAUUGUAUUGAAAACCUGCCUGGUUUCCUGCUUGCUCACCUGGCAGUCUGUUGGGUAGUCAGGACUUCCAAAAACUGCAGCUCUGGGACAUCCUAUACUUCCAGGCUCUAUGAUGGAGCCUGUAGUGCAGCCUUGAGAAACUUGGGUGACACCAGGCUAUCUGUCCCAUUGACAGGUCACUGGGCACACAGAAUGUAUUUUAACAUAAAAAAGUAAGGUCAUGUACAGAAUGUGACAGCUGGGUACUUCUCUAUUUUGCACGAGACAUGACCUGGACACAUAGGCACUGUCUUUAAUUACCAAAGAUGGAAAAAAAAAAGUUUUGAUAGCUGAUUCAGGGCUAAAAUUCUUCUAUUCUGAUACUGUUGCUUCUGUAACUUCUCAGUCUGUGCUUGGCUUUCUGUAAACUGAGAUAACCAGAGUAAGAAUGCCUACCUGUAUUGUGAUGGGAGGUAGUAUAAAAGUGAAAACUGAUUAUGAUGAAGACAAAUUUACAUCAGAAGGUUCAGAUUUCAAUUUGGAGUGAGUCUUUCCUGCUUUCAAAAUGCAGGAUUGGUUUGUGGGAUGAGCACUUGCUGCAAAUCGUAUCUCUUUGUGGAAAGUAUUAGCUGCCAGAUUUCCAACUGGGAUAAAUUGGGAUUUCAGCAAAGCUAUGCUGCGUCAUGUCACUUGAGAAUCUGGCCCUUACAGAAUUGCAGGGGGAGACAUUUCUGCGAGAGAUGUUUGUAUGAAGAAGCUAAGUAAGGCUUCAGUUUACAAAUUUCACAAGCCACAAGGAGGAGCUGAAUGGUUAGGACACUUUCCUGGAGAGUUGGAGCACCAGGUUCUGAGUAACAUUUUCCCAGAGGAGGUCUCAGCAAAGUUGUAACCAUCAGCCAAAGCCUAGAUAUUGCCAAAGCAUCCUCCACCCUUCUUUUUGAAGCUAGCUCCCUGUGCAGUCAAGAGAAGAUAAAUGGGGUUAGGGGUACAGGCAGUCCUCGACUUACAACGUUUCGAGUUACAAUAUUUUGCACUUACAACGUUUAUCAAUUGACACCCUGUUUCAACUUUCUGAUGUCAGUUUCAACUUUACAACACUUGAUCUGACGCCAAGCCAUGCCAGCGAACAAGUUCGCUGUGUCACCCAUCUCCCUGGACAACAUCUGUCCAAACUUCCUUGGACACUUUAACAAAGCAGACAAGACUCCAGAAAAACCUGCAGCCAAGACUCCUGAGAAGACUCCAGCCAAGAACCCUUCAAAAAGUCCAACCAAGAGCCCUUCAAAACAUCCAGCAAAGUCUCCUCAAAGAAAUCCUUCCAAAUCAAUAUGCUUGCUAUUUACAAUAUAAAUACAUUAAUGUAGCUAUAUUACUUAUCUAUAAUGGAUUGAGUCAAAAUUCUGGGUUAUUUGUGGUGAAAAUAGAGUAUCGGGACUUGGUUCAGGAACCACCAAUUACAACAUUGUUUCCCAUGGGAAAAUCGGUUCCGAGUUACAAUGUUUCGACUUAAGACGUGGUUUUCAGGAACCAGUUGUGUCGUAAGUCUGAGGACUGCCUGUACAAGCUAGGGUAGUGCCCAUGAAUUAGUGAGAUAGGCAGUGCCUUGAAAGGGAAGGGGUUUUUCUGCAUUUUCCAUGUACUAGCCAUUGGAUAAAAUUGAGUGGCCUAGCAUUUGCUACCUUGGGACCAGGGGCAGGGGCCAGAAAUAAGGGCCUUUUUUAAGGCAGUGGCCUGCUCACCGAGCCACACACCUUUUUAGCAUACGCUGGGCAUGUCUACACGUAUAUCAAUGAUCUGUAAUUACAAAACAUUAGGUUUAUUACUUAAUGCACCAUAAUCAGUGCUACUACGCAGUAGCACCAGCACAUCUUUUAGGUGAUGCUAAUGCGCAGUAAACUAAUUCCGCUGUGCAUUAGCGUAUUAGCAUGGCUUUUGCUGUGACAUGCUAAUGUGCAGUAGAAUUAGUCUACUGUGCUUCUAGUAUUUCUUGUAGAUGCAGCCACUGUCACCAACUCUACAGGCAAGUGUCCCAACCACUGGGCUAUAGGGCAACUUCUUGUGGUUUUUCUGGUCUUACAAAGAGAUUAUACAUCUACCCAGGUGAAUAGGAUCAUAACAGUGCAUAAAUGGCCAGAGUGCCAUCUGAGCAUGUUCAGAAGAACCUGAUAAGUGGUAUAGAGAGGAGUUAGAUCUAAAAAUCUGCAUACAUGGCUCAAAAAGCCACUUAUUCUCCAAAAGGGGAGUUGGAUUUUAGGCCUUCAUUCUUGCAUAGAUACUGACAUCUGGAAUUAGCUUUUGGAUUGGAUUAUCCAAAAAAGGCAUAACCUGCCACACUUAUUUCCACAUCACCUGCCUAUUUUAAUUGCAGGUGGAGAGGAAAAAAAAAAGUCUUUGUUUAAUUGUUUCAAAGAUUAUUUUAAGGGAAUUUAAAGACAGGAGAGGGGUAGAAGAGUUUAACAAGGGAUAUUUUCCCCAGCUUCUGGUUUCUAAUUACAGCUGUUAUUGCCCAGCCUUCUGAGUAACUAAGAGUACAAGCAUGAACUAGAAAAGAAUGAGAUAAUCCAUAACAGAUCAAGCUGAAUAAAGAUCUCCAUUCAUACCUUUUAUCCCUGGUUCUGAGUGCCAAGAAUUAAUGCUAUUUGAAAGUACACAAUGAACUUGCCAUACUGUGGGCAUCUAGGAUAAUCCUAAUUACUUUAAAUGUUAGUGAGAAGGGCAGGAGCUUCACAGUGGAAAAAGAUUCUAUUGUGAAAUAAUGGAUGUGUUAGGUGCCAUGGAAUGGACAUGACUUUGUUCCCAAAUGUUUAGGCCUGUCAUUUUCAUACGAAGGUGAGUCAUGUGUGCUAAGAUAUGUUCUAAAAGCAAAGUACUAUACUUGAUUCUGUCCCUCUUUUAUUUAAUUUUCAACUUUUUUAGUACUGAAUCAACAUAAAACGUGUUAAAAUAUAUUGACCAAAAAGAGUUUUAAGAGUAAAUGGUAAUUGAUUGAUGCAUUUCAGUGUGGAAUCUUUUGAAUGUGUUCUGAAGGCAAGGUUGCAACUAAGUUUUUAAUUGACCAGUUACUGUGAGUAUUUGAUAUUAGAGAUCUCAGAUCGAAUUAGGGCCUUUCUGUGCUAUGUGCUCUGUCAACAUGUGGGAAGAGACAGUGCUUCUCUUAAAGAGCAUGCAGAAGUCAUGAUGUGGUAACAUGCAUUAGGUGAAUGUACUCCAUGAUUUUAGUGGGAUAGUGCUUCAGUACACAAGGGAUAAUGCCCAUUAGGGGUGUGCAAAGCAGGCUGUAUUUGAUUUGGAUUCAGCCUGAAUUGGGGACAGUGAUUCGAUUUGUUGAUUUGGAUAGCUGUCCCCGAUUCAAUUCAGCCAAAUCGGAAUCUGAAGAUUCAUGCUGAUUCAGAGAAUCAGCGAUUUGGCCACAGACACAGCUUUAAAUGUUUUUUCUACAUACCUCGAGGUACUAGAGCGGCUUGUGAACGCUGCGAUGGUGGGGCAGAUGGAGCCCCCCACGUGCUCAGCGGCGAACCCAGAAGUGGACAGGAAGUACUUCUGGUCCACUUCCGGGUCUGCUGCCAAGCGCCCUGGGGACCCCACCGUGCUCCUGUGGGAUGCUCUAUUCACCUUACCAUCACAGCAUUCAUGAGCCGCCUGGUACCUUUAGCUAUGUAGAAAAAACAUUUAAAGCUGUGUCUUGUCACAACCCAAAGUUGUGAUUUUUUGUUUGUGAGUCCUUCGGCACUGCUAAAUUAUUUUUCCCGCUAAAUUGCAGCUUCUUUGCACGGUGGAGUUUUCUGCUGCAGAAGAGAACCCCGGUGCAACGGAGAAUUUCCCGCCAAUUUGAAGCUUUCUUUGCAUGGUGCAUUUCUUUUGCAUCUAAGAAAUGCACAGUGCAAGGAGUUCCCGCCAUUUGUAUGAGAAUUCGUGCCACAUUAUUGGCCGGUUCUAACAUAUGCACACGUGGCGGCUAGCGAUUGGCUUGCUAGCCGUAUAAAGAGCUUGAGUGGUUUCCGCCCAAGUUGGAGGACUCCACGAACACCAGGAGAGAGAGAGAGAAAACCUUCACCUUGCGUGAAGAUCUCUAAGCGCUGCGGAUCCUUACGGACCCAACGCAUUUCUUAAAAGGCAAUAGAGGCCUGAACAGCCUCUGGCCUCUCCCCGUCGCCGAUAAAUUCCUAGACGUAUCCCUUCCUGUACGAGAAACUACCGAACCCAUGGAGCUUCAACAACUCUGGGGAAAAGAACGAAUUUGUCGUAGUCCUCUAACGAGGAUUUAAGCGGAGCUGUACCUGGAAACUGUCCAGCCUACACCACGACCAUCUUUGGUGUAAGUAAACAAUCUUUAAAUCAA